AUGGCUACGAGUUCAGCUGAACUAGGUGAAGAUAUCAGAAAACGAUUGGAAGAUCUAUCGACAUGCGAAAUAUCAGAUGCGUUGGUCAAGUUGGGUAGCGUGACUGGCGGAUUUAUACCCAAUUUGAAUAUCUAUUCGCCCUCAAGUAGGGAAGAGGAGGAUGUCAAAGUGGUAGGAAGGGUACUUACGGUCCGACUGGUGGAACAAGAAGGACCUGAUCAAGAGCACUGGAACGGUCCCAAGGUCGAACAACAUUUUGUAGAUGCAGCUCCAUCAGAAAGUGUAAUAUUGAUUUCACCCGAUUUCGUCUCUGGAGCAGCUUGUUGGGGUGGCCUGAUGUCUACUGCAGCUAGAGCAAAAGGCAUAAAGGGUGUAGUGGUUCUGGGUGGAUGUAGGGAUUUGAAAGAACAUCGAGAGAUUGGAUUUCCAGUAUUCGCACAAUUCCAUUCUACACUAGGGCAAAAAACAUUUUUACGUCCUUCAGAGUACAACAUGUCAUUGGAAAUACCUAUAUCACCACCACCACAUCAUAUCCAAGUACCGCACAAUGAGCCCAUACGCAAGACUAGAGUCGAUCCUGGAGAUAUACUUGUUGGUGAUGUAGAUGGAGUAGUCGCCAUUCCUUUUCACCAAGUGGAAGAGGUGAUACGUGUUGCACAGAAGGGUAGAGAAGUCGAUGAGAAUGUCAGGAAGGAUUUAGAGGUUGGUAAAGGUGUGAAAGAGAGUAUGAAGAAGUGGAGAGGUUCUUGA